CAAGACUCUCCUAUCUCUCUCUCUCUCACACACAGACACACACAAUAAUGGGUGAUGAAAAACAACCAUCCCUAUUGAUUUAUAGGUUCUUCUAUACAAAAUUUCAGUUCAAUCAUUUCUUUCACUUGCUUCUCUUUACCGUUGGUUUUUCAGUAGGUAUCAUAGCUAGUUUAUACAUCAAAACCUUUUCAUUCACUUUCCAAAGGUCUCUAUAUUCCAUUUCACCUUCAGUACCACCACUGCCAUUAUUAUUGCCCCCCGAAACAACGCCUCCACCGUCACCACAACCUCCACCACCAUCAUUGCCAUCGUCACCACCACCACCACUGCCAUUAUUAUUUCCCCCCGAAACAACAUCUUCACCGUCGCCACAACCUCCACCACCAUCAUUGCCACCGUCACCACCACCACCACCACCACCAUUACAUGAGGUACUAAAUUUGACCUCCACAUCAAACAAAACGUCUAAUUAUACUUUUGUUUCGCUUAAAGAGCAGACUUCUCUUAUGCACAAUAUGAGCGACGAAGAGUUGCUUCAGAAAGCAUCCAUGGCUGCACAAAUUCAAGAAUUCCCUCGAAAUCAUGUCCCAAAAGUAGCUUUCAUGUUCUUGGCGAAAGGGUCGUUACCCUUUACACUUUUGUGGGAGAAGUUCUUCAAAGGCCAUGAAGGGCUUUACUCCAUUUAUAUUCAUACACACCCUUCAUUCAAUGAAACAGUACCUGAAAGUUCUGUCUUCCAUGGAAGAAGAAUUCCUAGCAAGGAAGUGUAUUGGGGCACUAUGUCUAUGAUUGAUGCUGAGAGACGCCUCCUAGCAAACGCUCUUCUUGACUUCUCUAACCACAGAUUCGUGUUACUUUCUGAAACAUGCAUUCCAUUAUUCAAUUUCACCACAAUUUAUAACUACCUAAUCAAAUCAAACCUAAGCUUCUUAGGCUCAUUUGAUGACCCAAGAAAGCCUGGCCGUGGCCGGUACAACCGUGAGAUGUGGCCGGUGAUUAACAUCACCGAUUGGCGAAAAGGGUCACAAUGGUUCGAAAUAAAUCGGGAGCUAGCCAUUCAUGUUGUUUCAGAUACCCAAUAUUAUAAUGUUUUUAGUGAGUAUUGUCACGUACCAUGUUACAAUGACGAGCAUUAUUUGCCAACUUUAGUGAACAUUUUGUACCCCGCGUUGAAUUCUAAUAGAAGCAUUACGUGGGUUGAUUGGUCAAGGCCUGGUCCGCAUCCGGGGAGAUUCGCCUGGUGGAGUAUCACGGAUGAGUUCUUGAAUCGGAUUCGAUUUGGUUCGGACUGUAUCUACAAUGGAAAUACUAGUUCAAUUUGUUUCCUCUUUGCUAGGAAAUUUAUGCCAGAUGCAUUGGGGCCUUUGUUACGGAUUGCUCCAUCGCUGCUUGGCUUUGAUCCUUAAUAUUUAUGAUGAUCAAUAAGGGAAAAAAAAAAAAUUAAGG